AACUCAGCGACCGAGACGUGAGGUAGACAGGAGGAGACCUCGUCGCCAUAGAGUGGACAGGUUCGCUGAGUUAACGAGCAGGUUGAGUGCCUGUGUGGUCGAUCGCGCGUGAGACGGUAACCAGGAGGGACAGUAGCUGACGGUUGAUUCUCCGUACAGUAUCUCGUUUUUUUGUUUUUGUUUUUGUUUGUUUGUUUGUUUGUUUUUUUUUUUUGUUGUUGUUGUUGUUUAUUCAGGAAAGCGGCUCGUUGUCACCAAACCCUAGGUUCAUGAACAGACUAGUACCCGUUAUCGCCAUGUCCAGUUCACGGAUCCCCUGCGGCUGUGAAGGUGCUCGUCUUUUAGGACCUCGCAAAAUCAGGUUUCCUCUACCAUAAUCACUCCGAUAACUGGAAAGUCCGUUGUGUCUUAUUUUCCCAAAACGUGGGGGAUAACCAAGGGUUCCGCAACAGCAGUCUCGAGCUCUCAGAUCGCCCCCGCACCGCCCCCCGCACCAGCAUCUACACCGGCAUUGGCAUCGUUCCAGAAAGGAGGAUCCUUGGGGGCAGUGAUAGCGCAAGGGCGCACGGUUGUCUCAGGUAGUGAGAGCGCGAAUGGCUAUGGCGUCGAUAGACCACCCCGUCGAGCCAGGCUUGCUCCGCGGCGUCAAUCGCGGCGCGCCGCACGGAGUAGAUUACGCCGUUGGACACGGUGUCGGCGGUGUUGGCGGUCUUAGCGCUAGCCAUGGCGCUGGCGUGAGUCACGGCGUCACUCGCGACCGAGAAGGAAGGACUGCCCUCGAGGAAGCAACUGAGCAGAGACGCUCCAAUCCGACCAUGGCGUCCUCAUCGUUUUCGCCGUCGCCGUCGCAGUCGCCGCUUGAGAGUUUUCGCACGCCGUCGCCUGAGUCGCCUCGAAGGUCCUCUGUCGCCGCCCCGUCGUCUGCGGAUGCCGGCGUGAGAUCGUCGUCGAGAGCGGAGACGCGUGGAAAAGGCGGCGGCGGCGGCGGCGGCUCCCGCCUCUCCUGGCGCUCGCUGUCGCCCAUCCGCGGAUCGCGGUCGUCGACGCGGAAGUACACGCACGACGACGACGGCGACAGAGAUGGCGAUCGCAGCGGGCGACAGGAGAAGAAAAUCGUAGUGUACAAAUCGUCUGCUCCGCUCAACCAGCGCGCGGCGGACAAGCUGCGCGCGGAGCAGCGCCUCGCGGCGGUGCUUGCGCUCAUCCCCACGCGCCUCGCCGCGCCGGGGUCGCUCGCGUGCGGGUCGCUGCACAUGGCGCACGGCGUGCGGGGAAGCACCCAGGACGCGGCCGUUCUCUGGGAGCGCUUCGGCGGCCGCCCCGACAGCGCGCUCUGCGCCGUGUUCGACGGGCACGGCCCGUUCGGCCGCGUCGUGUCGUCCUACGCCGCCGCCACGCUCCCGCCGCUCCUCCUCGACUCGCACCUCCUCGCGCGCGCCGCCGCCGCCGCCGCCGCGACCGCUGAUGGCGCGAGUGGAGGGGAAGGCGGGGCAGGGGGAGGCGCGGGGGGAGGAGCGGGGGAAGCGGUGCCAGGGGCGGGGGACCGGGCGGCAUGGCGGGCUAAGAUGCACGAGGUGUUCGCGAGUGUGGAGCGGGACGUGAGGGUGCACCCGCAUAUCAACCCGCUUAAUAGCGGGUGCACUGCCGUGGUAGCCGUGGUGCAGGGCUGUGACCUGGUGGUAGCGUGGGUGGGCGACAGCCGGUGUGUGGUGGGGAUUGUGAAUCCCUGCGCCCGUGACAGCGGGGGUGCCGGGGACAAUGGAGGUGCGGCGGAUGGCGAUGUGGAGGUGUCGGCGCUGCAGCUCACCACGGAUCACAAGCCCGCCCAUCCAGAGGAGCGGUUUCGCAUCGUGGUGUCAGGAGGCCGGGUGCACCCGAUCCCAGCAGACCCCGAAGGCGUGGAGCGCGCAUGGCUGCCGCAUGAGGAGGCGCCCGGCAUCGCCAUGUCGCGCUGCCUGGGCUCCGCGCUCAUGCGCACGUACGGGGUCACUGCCGACCCGGACGUGCGGUUUCUGAGGCUGGGGCAGCAGCACCGCUUCAUGGUGCUGGCCACCGAUGGGGUGUGGGAUGUGCUUUCCAACGAGGCUGUGGUCGCCAUAGUCGCGCAGUCACCCUCUCCCCAAGAAGCAGCAGCAGCCGUGGUGCGCGCAGCAGAACUGCAGUGGCACAUGCGCCCGCCGCCCCUCAGCACCGACGAUAUCAGCGCCGUCGUCUACUUCUUCACGCAUACCCAUGCUUCUGCCCUUUCUUCAUCUGGUGGUGGUAUCGGAGGGCUUGGUGAGGGUGGCAGCAUGGAGGGAAGUGGAAGGGCUCCUCCCCGUGUUAGUGCUGCUGGAGGUGCGGCCUCAGCAUCAGCAUCUGCAGUGGGCAGCAGCAUGAGCAGGGGUAGCAGCGGCAGUGGCGGAGAGGUGAACGGGACGGGCAACAGCAGCAGUCCUGGCAGUGCUGGUAGCGCCGGCAGUGCAAGGAGUGCAGGCAACACGAGCAGCACGAGCACUCUUACUGUCACCACCACCACCACGACCACCAUCAGCAGCAUCAACAGCAGCAGCAGCAGCGGUGCUUCAUCCUCCACCACGCGCCGCCAAAUUCUCCGACUCUCCGCAUCCUCGGACCCCUCCCUGCCCGCUGUUCACAUCUCCUACACCACCACCAGCAACCCCCGCCCCUCCCCGUCCUCGUCCUCCUCCCCCUCCCCCUUGCUCCCUCUCCACUCCACGUCUUCCUCUCGUCGAUUCGCAUCAGCAGCAUCGUCUGCCCCCUUGGGUUCCAGACUGCCCCCCGGUUCUUCUUCCUUGCCUGCGUCUGCUUCGGGUGCUGCUGUGGCUGGUGGUGAUGCUGGUGCUGAUGCCUCCUCCCCCUCGCCUUGCCGACUGGAUCCCAUAGAGAGAAGCGCCAGUGAAGGCUCUGGGUUGAUAAGAAAGGGCGCUGUUACUGCGAGUGCUGCUGCUGUGGGUGGUGGUGGUGGUGGUGGUGGUGGUGGUGGUGGUGGUGGUGGUGGUGGUGGUGGUGGUGAUGCUGGUGCUGGUGGUGGUAGCAGUGGGGGUAGGAGCAGCAGGAGGUGUGGGAAGGAGAGGGAGAGGGGCUUAGAGAAUGAGAAGGAGAAGGAGAGGGAGAGGGAGAAGGAGAGGGAGAGGGAGAGGGAGAAGGAGAGGGCACGAGAGAGGUUUGCUGCAGCUGCUGCAGCAGCCUCUGCUGCUAGUGGAGCCGCCCAUGUUCUCACGGCAACCAGUGGUGGCCAUACCAGUGGCCACACUGCCUCACACUCCGCGCACUACUCCCCCCCGUCCGUUCCUGUCGUCACCACGCUUAUUCCAACAGACCAAAACGCGGCCUCAUCCUCCUCGUCCCCUCUGCAAGCACUCUCCCCAUCCCCCACCGGAUCCUUGACUUCACCCUCUUACAACGGUAACCACCCCACUAACAGUAACCACAACAGUAACUGUAACGGCAACAGUAACUUGCACACCCCUGCCAGUACGCUGCCCAUCCGGCCUAGCAGCCCCUCCCGUGCGCUUCGAGCCAUGGGCUCGGCCAUCCGGUCUAGUAUCCGUGCCCUCUCCCCCGCACACCGCUGCCGCCACUCCCCCUCUUCUCCUGCUGCUGCUGCUGCUGCUGCUGCCGUUGAUUCUGCUCGCCAUUCGGGUGCUUCCUCCCGCUCGUUCAAAUCUGCUCCAGGCCCCUAUUCUGCUGGUGUUGCUGCUGCCAGCAGCGAGGGUGACGCCGCCGCUGCCGCCGCCGCUGCUGCUGCGGCUGCUGCUGCGGCUGCUGGUGCUCCUGGCAAACCAUCAAGCACUGCAGUGAAUGUUGGGAGGUACAAGGUGCCUUGAGAAGGCAUGGUCAUGGAGGGUUACUUUAGAGGGAGAUGGGGGCUGCUGGGUUGUGGGGGUGGGGUUGGUGGUGGCACCUGUUCUGGGAAUGGCAGGGCAGGCAGCAGUGGGAGCGUCAGUGUCUAGCUGAUGCCUUGCUAGCAGGCUGACUAAUUUGGGAUGCGGGUGAGUAAGUUGAUGAGCCUUAUAGGGGGAUAAUGCUAACUUCGACUUGAGUGUGCUUGCUGCUUGUCUUGAGUUGAGUGUGGUUGCUGUGGGAAUGCUUUGACAUAAGAUGUGCUUGCUAAUUCCAGGAAGUGCGACGUGUGACACAUGGUCUGUCCUGGUUAGCGAGUGUUUCAACAUGACAUGUGCUUGCUUACCUAAUUCCGGGUAGUGUGGAGUGGGAUGUGAGUGUGAACACUUUCCUGGUUUGUAAUUGUUAUGAUAUACACCUGCGGGAUUUAACAAG